ACCUUUCAUACCUUACAAAACUCGAACGUGUUCGUGUUGUGGGACUCUUUGCUAUCAAGCUCCGGAAGUGAUACUGAACAAAGAGUAUAGCUUCCCAGUGGAUUGGUGGGGCGUUGGUGCGUUCAUUUUCGAGAUGCUCUCAGGAAAGCCACCAUCCGGAAACGAUACAACGUGUAACACCCAGCAACGUACUACCUGCUACACUAUUAAGGCUUCGGUUCUCUUCAUGGUCAUGAUGGUGCUGUAUUCUGGUUUCAAUCUAUCUCGUAUCUUCGUCGCUUUUUUUGAGCUCUAUCUAUCGAAGAUCAGCGUUAUUUGGCUGAUCCCUACUGCGUGCGUUCUAGUACAAGCAGGCCAGCUUGUUUUUAGAAGGCGGGACAGAUCACAUCUUUCCCUAUUCGUCCUCAUCAAUAUCGCGCCAGGUAUACUGAGCACAUCAAUACUGUGGCUAGGAUGCGACCGGACACGUACAACAUUUACACUAUAGUGCUUGCUUGUACUUGUUCGAUGCUCUAGCAUUUGUUUCCAGGAGGCGAGAUAGUUCCUGUUGAAGUUAUUGACAAAGUAGUAAGUCGAAGACCCGAACUACAACUGUUAGCAGAUCCAGAUCACAUGAUCAAGUAGAGUUUUGAGCUCCCUUCGUCUAAUCUCAUCCACAAGAAUCAAAUCAGCCGCUGGCGCGUUG